GAGAGCAUCUGUCAAGCCCACAUUUAAACUGCUGCCUGCCUGUGCAGCAGCUGAGGAACCGUGGAUUUCAUAUUACAGACUAAAACCCCAGUGAAACUGCUCAAAAUCCUUCCUGCAGCUGCCAGGCAACGACGAGAGAGUUAAAUCCUGCUCUUUUCCAAUACAAUCGGAGCACUCCAUUCUAGCUCUGGCUGCUUUACGUUGCAGCUCAGGGUUCUUACUAGAAAUAUGGAUACUGAGAAGAGAAUAGAGCACUGCAUUGUCCGGCCAGGAAGACAGCAGAUGUAAAAAGCUUCAAUGCAUCAACUGUCGGGAAGAGUCGACAGUGCUCCAAACAGAACGAACCACCACAGCUCUUUUGUUUAAAGAAAGAGAAAAUGAAAGAAAGGAAAAACCUCAGAAGAUUAGGACCCAUAUGAACAAGGAAGGGAACGCGAAGACAAGCAGACAGAUGGACACUUUGGACACCGUGAAAAGCAAUCGCAGGAGGCAGACUGUUGGGGGAGGUGUGCGUGUUUGAUAGCAUCUUUUUGCUGGAGCGAUGGCGUGCCAAAAGUAUCUUCAGUGGGCAUAAUCCUCGCCACAUAAAUGGCCUGACCAAGGAAGGAGGGGCCAAUGGAAACAUGCCAAGCAGUGUACUGUGACUAACAGAACUCUGCCAUAAUCAACCUUGCACCGUCUGUCCCACAACUGAUACAUGACCAUUUUACAAAAAAGGCCGCUGACUGUGCACCAUACCACCAAUGAAUGACUGCGAGGGAGACGACGUGACCGAAUUAGAAAAUGACUACCAAAGAACAGUAUUGAUUCAGGAGAAGGACACGUUCCCCAGCCACCAGUGUCUCUCAUCCAUUACUGGAUAUUUACAACAUGCUUCAGUGGAGGAGGAGACACUGCUGCUUUGCAAAGAUGAGCUGGAAUGCCAAGAGGUCCCUGUUUCGGACCCAUCUUAUUGGUGUACUCUCUCUCGUGUUUCUUUUUGCUAUGUUUCUGUUUUUCAAUCAUCAUGACUGGCUGCCAGGCAGAGCUGGAUUCAAAGAAAACCCUGUGACAUACACUUUCCGUGGAUUUCGUUCUACAAAAAGUGAGACAAACCACAGCUCUCUUCGGAACAUUUGGAAAGAAACUGUCCCUCAGACCCUGAGGCCUCAAACAGCAACUGACCCCAACAACACGGAUCUGUCAGUGCAAGGAGUUACAGGGCUGGAGAACACGCUUGGUGCCAACGGAAGCAUUUACAAUGAGAAAGGUACUGGACACCCAAAUGGUUACCAUUUCAAAUACAUCAUCAAUGAACCUGAAAAGUGCCAGGAGAAAAGCCCCUUUUUAAUACUACUUAUCGCUGCGGAACCUGGACAAACAGAAGCCAGACGAGCUAUUCGGCAAACUUGGGGCAAUGAGAGUCUAGCACCUGGUAUUCAAAUCACAAGGAUUUUUCUUUUAGGCGUAAGUAUUAAAUCAAGUGGCUACCUUCAACGUGCAAUAUUGGAAGAAAGCAGACAGUACCACGAUAUUAUCCAACAGGAUUACUUAGAUACAUACUAUAAUCUGACCAUUAAAACACUCAUGGGCAUGAACUGGGUUGCAACAUACUGUCCGCGGAUUCCUUAUGUAAUGAAAACUGACAGUGACAUGUUUGUCAAUACCGAGUAUUUAAUACAUAAGUUAUUGAAGCCAGACCUGCCUCCUAGACAUAACUAUUUUACUGGUUACCUAAUGAGGGGAUAUGCACCCAAUCGAAACAAAGACAGCAAGUGGUACAUGCCACCAGACCUCUACCCUAGUGAACGCUAUCCUGUCUUCUGUUCCGGGACUGGCUAUGUUUUUUCUGGAGAUCUGGCAGAGAAGGUGUUUAAAGCUUCUUUAAGCAUCCGCCGCUUGCACUUGGAAGACGUGUAUGUGGGGAUCUGUCUCGCCAAGCUGAGAAUUGAUCCUGUGCCCCCUCCCAAUGAGUUUGUGUUCAAUCACUGGCGAGUUUCUUACUCAAGCUGUAAAUACAGCCACCUAAUUACCUCUCAUCAGUUCCAGCCUAGCGAACUGAUAAAAUACUGGAACCAUUUACAACAAAAUAAGCACAACGCUUGUGCCAACGCAGCAAAAGAAAAGGCAGGCAGGUAUCGCCACCGUAAACUACAUUAGAAAAGACUUUUUUUCCCCCCAAAACGUGCAGCCUGUAAAAUACUGCUCAACGCAUGUGUAGCUAACAUGAUUGUGAUUACAUCCACAGGAGCAAGUUUUAGUUAGAACCCAUCACAUAAAGGAAUCCAAAAACAUUGUUUUUAAUUUCUGAAGAAGGUAAUUCUUAAAAAUACAUUAUAUAACAAAAAAGUAUCCCAAAACAACCUAUUAAAAAAUCUACUUAAAAAAAUCCACAUAGGGGGAUUCUGUGUAUUAACAUGCAAUAACAGGCAUGCAUACAUCAAUGGUUCGAAUCUUACGUUAGGGGCCAAGAGGAUGUAUCUGCAUGUUUUCCACGUAAAUUUUAAUUUAAGAAAAUGGAGAUGGUCAAAAGACUCUUCAUUUUAGAUUUAGUUUUCCAUUUCAAUGUAUGUAAAUAAAACAUUACUGUUAAUUUUAAGCAAACUUUAUAAUUGUGCAAAGGACAAAUUUUCUGACCUCUUCUAGAGUUCUAAAAACCAUAUUCCAUGCAAUAAGAUUUAGUUGCAGUAUUCCAUAAACAUAGUUAUAAAGUUCAGAGGUUUCAGCAAUGAAGUUCUCAUCCAAGUAUUCACUUUUUAAAAACAACUGAGAUGUUCAUUUUCUUUUAUCAGUACUCACAUUUAUUGGGGGAAAUUAUUUUGACAUGACGUGAUAAAAUGUGAAAAAUUAAUGUGUCUCAGGCUCAAGUUUUUAUAAAAAAAAAAAAAUUAAAUGUUCAAAACAGAAAGUUUGUUUCCUCGUUGGUGUUCAGGGCCAAGCUAGUACUUCACUGAUUUCCUCAAUCAGCCAGUUACUGCACUCUCAAGGAGCCUCACCACUUAACUUCAAGCAUAUCUGAAAAAAAAUCUAUCCUUCUCCUCUAACUGAAGCAACCGUGAUUACUUAUAGGCACAAACAGAAUGCACUGUUGAAAACAGAUAAAGGGUAAAGGGUGCAGCAGCAGUUUCAUUCAAUACAUUUUAAGAUGCAUGUCUGCCAAACCACAACAUAUGGGAAGUUUAUUUCCUGACAGCAGGUGUACACAUGCCGAUACUUCAUCAUUUUAUGGCACCUACUUCGUUCUCUGAGUGCCAAGUUUACAAACCUGCAGUUUUUAAUUUGGUGGGUGACAAAUAUCCUGUCCCACCGAUUAAAAACUUUCGGGGAGGGAUGGGGGAAAAACUACAAAUGUUUGAUGAAACACUUGAUUCUAGGAUGAACAAUGUAUACAAUGCACUUUUACGAAGUUUUUAAUAAAAAGGGUAAACAAAAAACCUUCACUGAGUGUUAUGGUCCAAAUAUUUCACAGAAAUUUUGUUGGCUCCAUUACAAAUUUUAAAAUCAAGAAAUACUAACCCAUUAAUUUUAAAACAGUGCUUUCAUUUCAUACCAGUAUAUAAAUCUAUCAAUCUUGAUUCAGUAAGGAUGUUACUUAUGCUAAUUCUAACAUCAAUCAUUUUUACCCUUGAUUCUAUUCUGAAGAGUUAUCCACUGAAACAUCUAUUAAAGUUCAAAAUCACCGAGACUGUUUCAGUACUUAUAAUUUAAUGUGUUUAAUUCUACUGAUACUCGGCUUAUCUCCCAUUUUUAAUUCAGUCAUCUAAACGUUCUGUUCUACACAGAAUAAUUCUGAAUGCUGAGCUACAUUACCCCAGCUCUUGGUAAGGUCUGUUUUUCACAUACUUUAUUCUGUAUGGUCAUAAAAAGACUAAAAUUAUUAAGUACCAAAAUUACUAGACAAAGGUCACACAUAGGAGGAUAAUACCAAAUUAGUGUGAUGAAAAGUAAAAGGAACCCUUCCCUCAGUAUAGAGAAUUCUAUUAAUACUUCAGAAGUUUUCUUUUUUAAAAGUGUAUGUGCACAUGUGCGCAUGCACAGGUGUACACACUCAGAAACAGAAUCCAAACACUGUUUGUACAAAUUAUUACUACAGUGCAGUAUCUUUAAAAGAUAGUAUUUUCCUACCAGAAAAAUUCAAGUUUAAAAAGAUAACUAAUGAAAAAUAGAAUUCUUAACAGACAAUUCAAUUCCUAUCUCAGGUGUCAAUUUAAAAUCAUUUCUAUAUACCUGAUAACACCAUAUUGAAAAUUUAUGGGAAUCUGAUGACCCUCCAAGUUCUCAAAGAGCACUGAAUCAAAUAACAAAGUGCUUUAGUACUGCUAAAAAUCCUUAUUUUAAAAUCAAUAUUCUAUUAUUAUUUUUGACCUUCCAUUCUGAAUAUGCAAGCUGAUUUCUUUCAGCAGGAUGAUUUUCAUGUUCAUAUUAUGAUUUAAAAAAUACAAUGCUUAUUCAAACAUCUCACCAAAUACUAAUUAUGCCAAGUACCAUGUGAUUUUU